UACUUCUUCUGCUUGACAGGGAAGAUGAGUUCGGUCACGGUGCUUUGCCAGAGCACCAAUUGUCCACACGGGAACCCACCAUCAAAGCUAGAAUGCCCCACGUGCAAUAAGCUUGGUAUCCGCGGUUCCUUUUUCUGCGGGCAGGAGUGCUUCAAAGGCAACUGGAAAACCCACAAAAUCAUUCAUGAUCUUGCACGUCCCCCCGCCACCACGGCCAACCCAUUGCAAGACGGCACUUUCAAUCCUUUCGUGAAUUACGAUUACACGGGUACUCUUAGACCCGUAUACCCACUCACUCCAAAACGUGAAGUUCCGGCACAUAUUCCGCGUCCUGACUACGCAAUUAGCGAAGAUGGAGUACCGACCGCAGAGAUCAAACGAUCGGGUCAACCUCCUCGUCUGCUGGAUACAGGGGAAAUUGAAAAGAUGAGAACUGCGUGCAGGUUUGGUCGAGAAGUGCUGGAUAUUGCAGCAGCAAUGGUACGGCCGGGUGUGUCCACUGACGAAAUAGAUGCUGUCGUUCACCAAGCCACAAUCGAACGUAAUGCAUACCCAUCACCCUUGAACUAUCGUAAUUUCCCAAAAUCUCUCUGCACCUCCAUCAAUGAAUCCAUAUGUCAUGGCAUUCCCGAUCGCAGGAAAUUGCAAGAAGGCGAUAUCAUCAAUCUUGAUAUAUCACUCUACUACGACGGCUUUCAUAGCGACUUGAAUGCUACAUACCCCGUUGGUGAAAUAGACGAAGACUCCAAGAAAUUGAUUCGAACCACUCGUCAAUGUCUCGAUGAAGCGAUCAAAGUUUGCAAACCGGGCGCAUUGUUCCGUGACAUCGGCAAAGUUAUCGAACCAAUUGCGCGCGCUAAUGGAUGUGCUGUCGUACGAACGUACACAGGUCACGGCAUCAACGACUUAUUCCACACAGCCCCGAACAUUCCGCAUUAUGCAAAGAAUAAAGCAGUGGGGACCAUGAAACCGGGAAUGUGCUUUACUAUAGAGCCGAUGAUUAACUUGGGUUCUAAUUGGGACGUACAACACUGGCCCGACAAUUGGACUGCUACCACAGUAGAUGGGAAACGGAGCGCUCAGUUUGAGGAGACCUUGCUUAUCACGGAGACCGGCGUAGAAGUUUUGACUGCGGGGAAGAGCACGGAUCUAUAGCAACAAUUAAUUCUUCCGUCAUUCUCCGCUCCAAUAUUCCCCUCAGCGGCAAGGCACAUCGAAGCAUACAUAUCUCGAGAUCGACUGAACGGAUUCGGACAUUUAUGCUCGUGACAUGUGUACCCUUAUCUUUCCUCGUUUCCCCUUAUGCAAAAUUAUCGUUUCGUCUUUCAAUAUGUAUCCCUGCUAAUACACCCGCUGACAUUGACCCUUGGUAAUAGAGCGAAUGGGUGGGGAACACGUUUGUGUUUUGGGUAUCUCAUACCCUUCCAUCCCUUACUUUCCCACCUCCACCUCCAAGAUCGCCCUUCUUGUGAAAGCACAGAGUAUCUUCUUUACUCUCGAGAUGUCGGGCAACGACAGUGAACCGUAUCUUUUCGUCGAGAAAUGCGGCUCGACCCGAGGAAAUCCAAUUUAUGUGAUCACAAAGUACAUCCC